CACCACGAAUGGACAUAAAAGACAAUUCUGUCGUUUACCCUUGCUGCUGUUGCUACUGUGUUGUAGCGAAAAAUGACAUCGUUUGUUUUCAGACAUUCUCUCCUUCGCGGCGUUCCAGGGACAUGCAGGUUCAUUAGCGAGUAUCGGGCAAAGAGACUGUUGUUUACCCUGUUUUCAGUCAGAAGUUAUGCCACUGGUGAAGACAACAGGGUGCCCAAAAUAUACACCAAAACAGGAGACAAAGGUUUCUCAAGCACAUUUACAGGAGAAAGAAGGCCAAAAGAAGAUCACAUUUUUGAAGCCUUAGGGAAUACAGACGAGCUGUCAUCAGCUAUAGGGCUGGCGAGAGAGUUUUGCCUCGAUAAACGUCAUACAUUCACUCAUCAAUUGGACAAGAUCCAGUGCGUGUUACAAGAUGUAGGCUCUAACAUUGCUACCCCUCAAUCAUCUGCAAGAGAAAGCCAUAUAAAGAGAACAAAAUUUAUUGCACAGCCAAUUGUGGACUUGGAGACCUGGAUUGAUGAGUUUACAGAAGAACUCCCUCCUUUAACCAGCUUCAUUUUACCAUCUGGUGGGAAGAGCAGCGCAGCUUUGCACUUAGCUCGGACAGUCUGUCGGCGAGCAGAGCGCAGCGUUGCUCCAAUUGUGCGAUCAGGCGAGGCAGAUCCAGAUGUUGCCAAGUUCUUGAACAGGUUAAGUGACUACCUGUUCACAGUCGCCAGAUAUGCAUCUAUGAAAGAGGGCAGUGAAGAGAAAAUCUACAAGAGGCCAGAAUGACCAGUCUCAUAUGAAGAUUAAAAUAAAAGCAUUACCUUUUGAGAUGCAUAUACUUUAUUCAAACUGUAAAUACAAUACAUAGAUUUUUUAUUUUAAUGCAUUUUCCCCACAUUUAAUGUAAAAAUCACAGGUCACAAUAAACAGUGUACAUCCAAAA